AUGCGGGGCCCCGGGGCGCCGGCCGAGGGCCCGCGGGCGGCGCUGCCGCUGCUCGGGCUGCUGGCGCUCGUGGCGCCCUCGCGGGGCGGCGCGGGCUGCGCGGAGCCGGCGUGCGCGGAGCGCGACCCGGGCAACGGCACGGCGGCCGCGCGCUGCUGCCGGGCGCCGCUGCUCGCCUUCCUGGACGGCGCGGGCUGGCUGGUGCGCAAGCUCUCGGGGCUGCUCGUGCUGCUCGUGCUCUUCGCCAUCGGCUACUUCCUGCAGCGCAUCAUCUGUCCCAACCCGCGCCGCUUCCCGCGGGGCCAGGCCGGGCCCGGGGCGGCCGCGCCGCCGGGGCGCCCGGGAGCUCCCGACGGGGCCGCCGACGAGGACGACGACGCGCCGGCCCUGCUGCGGGACGAGGCGGCCGCUGGCUCGCAGGACUCGCUGCUGGACGGCGCGGGCCGCGGAGCCCCGGGGCGCGGGCUGCGCGCGGCGGCGGCCGCCUUCCCGCAGCUGCCUAGCUACGAGGAGGUCAGGCACCUACCCAGCUACGAGGAGUCGCUGCGGCUGCAGCCGCUCGGCCCCGGCCCGGCGGGCCCCGACUGCGGCGAGGGCCGCUUCCCGCUCGUCUGA